AGACUCUCACUCUGCUCUGUUCCUGGAACACUUUUAUUCAUCAUCCAGCUGGUUGUUUGGUUGUUGUUCUUCCUCCUGAAGCUGCUGGUUGUGUGAGGAUCAGCUGGUCACAUCCCAUCUGGACGAGGGAACGUGGAAGGAAACAUGUCAGUGAACCUGAGUAAGAACGGCGCCGCUCUCAUGGCCGCGUACAAAGAAGUGGUGGACGGCAAGUCGGACACAAACUGGGCUCUGUUCACUUAUGAAGGGAACAGUAACGACAUCCGUCUGGUGGAGACCGGAGACGGAGGACUGGAGGAGAUGGUGGAGGAGCUGAACAGUGGGAAGGUGAUGUACGCCUUCUGUCGAGUCCAGGACCCAAACUCAGGUCUGCCCAAAUACGUCCUUAUCAACUGGACAGGUGAAGGUGUGAAAGACUCUCGGAAAGGAAUGUGUGCGAACCAUGUGAGCUCCAUCGGCAACUUCUUACAGGGUGCCCACGUGACGAUAAAUGCCAGGGAUGACGAGGACGUGGAGCCGGACACCAUCUUGGCCAAAGUGGCCAAAGCGUCCGGAGUGAACUUCAACUUCCACAAACAGACGGAAUACAGAGACGCACCCAGAGGCCCAGUGGGCUCCGUGUAUUUGAAGGUCAACGCCGUGGAGGAGAUUCAACGAACCAAGAAGGACGACUUCUGGGGCCAAACGCAGAGGGACGAAGAAGUUCGUCGGCGGGAGGAGACGGGACGGGCGGAGCAGGAGAGACUGAGGUCGGAGAGCGAGAGGAGGGAGAUGGAGGAGAGACAGACGAGGGAGAGGGAGAGGAAGGAGAAGGAGAGAGCUCAGAGGAUGCAAGAGGACAAGAUUUAUCAGAGGCAGAGAGAAGAAGAAGAAGAGGAACGAGAGAGAGAGCAACAGCGACUGAACCAGCAGGAAACACCACAGAAGAAGAAGAGCGGGAUCAACUCUGCUGCGUCUGUGCAGAAAGCUCACGAAGCCAAGUCCCUGAUUUCUCAGCGGUCGUUUAAUCCCAGAGACGUGUUCAAGCAGAGGGAGCAGAGCUUCGAGGUCCACGACCGACCGUCUCCCGCCGCCGCUCGACCCGGGAAGCUGCAGAGUCCGUUUCUCUCUCAGAAAUCCUUUGAGAGAGAAACUGCGAGGCAGCCUCAGUAUCCGACUCCUCCAGCGGUGGUCCGGGCCUCGUCCGUGACGCCUCCGUCUCCCGUCAGGCCCGACUCACCGCCGGCGGCAGCCUUCACCUACGUCCCACAUGAGACACCUGAGACCACAAGCUCCCCUGUUCAUCCUGCAGACGGGGAGGAGGAGUGGUCCGACGAGUUCGACGACGACGCAGACGAACCGACUCCAGAACCUGCAGAAGAACCUGCAGCUCCAGAGGAGAAUCUGUACGAAGCAGCAGGAAGUCAAGCCUCACCGGAAGAGGACCUGUACGAAAACGUGGAGCGGCACUACGACACGGUUGAAGAACAAAACGGAGAGAACGUCUGCGCCAAAGCUGUGUACGACUACCAGGCUGCGGACAACACUGAGAUCACCUUUGACCCCGAAGACAUCAUCACGGGGAUCGAGAUGCUGGACGAGGGUUGGUGGAGAGGUUACGGACCCGACGGACACUACGGGAUGUUUCCCGCCAACUAUGUGGAGCUGCUCUAGCUCCUCCCCCCUCUGCUCUAGCCCCUCCCCCUCCCCCCUCCUCACUUCCUGGUUCUGGUAAAAACUCUUUUCAAUAAAAAACAGACGUUCAGGAACAGGACGAAGAAAAAAUGUCUGUGUGUAAGUUUCACAUUGUUUAACAUCAGUGGAUGAACAGAAAAUAAUUUUACUGUAAAAAAAAAAAAUCACAAUAAACAUUGUCACUGUUAGAAGUC